GUCGCGAGGCGGAGGAAGUCGCUCCGUAACAUUUUAGGAAAAAACAAAGUUGCAAACGUUUACAUUCGCGGCUGUGAUUUCGGGUUUCAGCGAUACUUAAAAUACGUUUUCAGGUGGAACUGGUGGCGGAUUUGGACCGUCAUGUGUCACGUUUGAGAGGUCUACCUGACACUGCGCACAGCAUCAGAUCUGGGGGAGGCCUUUUUUUGAGAUGGAUGUACAGGAGAACCCGUUGGAGAGAGACCACUCCCUGUCUGUGGUUCUGCCAGGGGGGCUGGAGAAGAACGCCACAGUGCAUGGAAGCAAACCGGUGAUGGACUUACUGGUGACCCUCUGCGCAAGCUACCACCUGAAUCCGUCCGACUACACCGUCGAGGUUCUCUCGCCCAACAAGAACAACAUCGGCUUCAAACCCAACUCUCCCAUCGGCUCGCUAGAAGCCGACACCAUUGUGCUGAAGCCCAAAGGGAUGGAGGAAAAGAUCAGGAGGCCGUACAUGCCCGAGGCGUCUGUACGUCUGUUGAUCAACUACAACAAGUCCCAUAAGGCCGUGGUGCGAGUGAAUCCCAGAGUGCCCCUUGAGAUGCUGCUGCCGGUGGUGUGCGACAAGUGCGAGUUUCGAGUAGCAACAACCGUCUUACUGAGGGACUCUCAGUCCAGAGAGCCGCUGGACCUGACCGAGAGCCUGAAUGACCUCGGACUGAGGGAGGUGUUUGCCAAAGACACGACUGACCCCCAUCACCAACCCAGGACACCUGAAGCAGCUGUCACGCCAACAGAGGUCAUCUCACCACCUCCACCACGAGACCUGCCAAAGAAGGAGAAGAAACAGAAGGACGACACAGGAUUCCUCAGCUUAUUCAGGAGAAGGAAGAAAAAUGGCGAAACGAGAGGAGCAGGGAGCGUCCCAGCUUCUCCUGGCCGUAACGCACAGGCGGGAGUCGGGGCUUCCUCUUCUAACACCCUGCCGGCAGACAUGCCCAAGAAGAGACGAGCCCCUCAGCCGCCCAUAGGCGCCUCCCAGAGCGUCCCAAACAACCUCGGCACCUGUCAUGUCGGGGGAUCGCAGAGGUCUGCAGAAUCCACCUUAAGGAGGACCAAGAGGAGGGCCCCGCCCCCUCCCAGUGCAAACACCCACCAGGAGCUGAAGGCAGACACAGAGGUUAAAGACUCCGUAAAUCUAUCACUACCCUCAUCUUCAUCGUCGCCCCAUCCAUCACAUCCUUGGUCCUCCUCAUUCUCCUCGCGUCCGUCAUUCGCUCAUCUCCAUGAAGGGACCCUGCCUUCGCUUCGAGGGAUGGACCUAUCGGACGCCCGCUCUGCUCUCGCCAAAGUCCUGACGUCCUCGGUUUCCAAAGGAACCCUGGUCAAGCGUUUGAGGAACUCUGCCUCCUUCCCAAAGUUCUCCAACGGCUCCUGCUUUGUGACCCAGAGGUGUUCAGAUAACGGGCUCUUCUGUGCCGAACUUGAACCCGUCCGGACGUCCAACCUCCCCACCGAGCAUGAGUGGGAGGAUCCCGCGCAGAGGAAAGUAAUGACCACGUUCAAAGUGGAUCCCUUGAAGACACAGACGUCCCGCGAUCCAGAACCCACUCCGGACCAGAUAACGGAAGAAGACGACCCUGAGAGUGAAGCUUCUCUUGAGGCCGAGAGAAAUCCACCUGAGGCUGAGGAGGAUCCACGUUCUCCUGACGAAUCGGAGACUCAAACACCUUCGCAGAGUCCAGAACCCUCUUCUCAGGUGACUCCGUCUUCUCCUCCACCACCGCAUGACUUGGAUAACCAGGAGAGUCCAGGCUCGCCUGAGGUCGGGGACACCGUUGAAAAGCUGACGGAAGAGGGUGAACCUGAAGUCCCAUCUGAGGUGACACCAGCCGACUGCAGUGACGGAGAACUUACCAGUGAGUGCCAAAGUCCCAGCGGACAGUCUGUAAGUACAGACAUGGACCGUUGUGGUUCAUACACCGAGGAGACGGAAGCUGAGGAGGAAGUGGUACAAGAAGAGGAAGGAGAGGACUGCUUCCCUCCCCCUCCUCCACCUAUCUUCUUUGAUGAGGAAGAGAGAGAAGAUACGACAGCUUCCUCUCUGCCAUCUUCUCAGCCACCAAGUCCUACCUCCAACGGGCAGACCCAUGCAUUCAGUGCAGACCGUCAGCCACCUUCAGCCGCAGCGGCACCGAAACCUCUGGACAAGAUGAGUGCGGCCCCAUCCAGAUUUGCACAGGCGGUGGCGUUGGGCGUGCAGAGGUCCCUUCUCCAGAGCGGCGGGAAAGGUUUGGGCCCCCAAGCCCCCAGCGGUCCACUUCCCUCACCACCCAGGUCCACAUACCAAUACGGUGCCUCACACGUCUUUUGAACAGACGUCCUUGUUUAGGUCGAGGAACAGGAGCGAGGACACCGUGUGACUUCCAGAUAACUUAAACAGAAGGUCGGCCGGAUCAUUUGGAGAAAAAAAAAAGGAUACGGACUGCGUCAGUUUUAUGACAACAAGCAAUCUGACUCUGUUUCUAUGAUUGUUUUUCAUUAUUUCUCUGUUUUUGUGAAAGACACCUUGUUGUCCAGUUUCACAGGUUGAACAUUUUCCGUUGUUAAAUAAGCCAAACGUACAGGACAGGAGUUGUUGACGGGACGAGGUCCUGUUUUCUUCUUUACUUCCUUCUUUGAAUCUUUCUCUGAAGACGUGCCAAGGUCGGACACAGCGCCGAAGGGAGAGCUUUUUUUAAGUUCUUGUUUGUGUGAAACAAAAGAAGCAAUGUACUCUCAUUCUAAAAGGUUUAUUCUGUGUUGGGUUUCUCCCUCAGGGUGUUUAGUUUUAUGCUUAAAGACAUGAAGUAUGCAGUAAAACUAUUUUUCUUUUUUAGCCACCAGGUGGCAGGAGAGCAUUGUUUCUAACAAUAUAUAGAUAUAUAUAUAUAUGGACGAUAUUCAUCUGUGAGGUUCUUCAUAUGAGUUCUGGUGGAUGCGUCACAUUUUUUGACACAUUAUGCAUAAUUUUAAGAGAAAUAACAGCAAAUAUUGUUUUCUAAUAACUGCGGAUUAUGAAUGAGCUGAAAUGAAACAUUAUUCUAAUAUUUAAGUCUUUUGAAGGCUGUCUUGUCGCGUCCAUUUCAAUUUUCCCCAGAAUAAAAAUAAAUGUUUAACGCGGCCACGUGAGUUUCCUGCAUACCCGACAACAGCAACUCAUGUUGGAAGCAUCAGUUUAACGGCGAGCAUCUCGACGCCUUCCUGAAUAAACUCAGUCCACUCUGCCCGCAUGCGCACUGCCGCGUCUCCAACGGACCCGCACCCCGGGGCAACACUGCACCGCUAUACUCGGGUGCCAAAAAGAAUCCGCACUGCUCUACGUAUCGAUCCGGCCCUGGCCUUGGAGGAGCGGCAAGGAGCUGUGCGAGGUAGAGACCUCGCCAGAACCGCCCGUGGCUAAAGCUCCACGUUUGCCAGGCCUGGACUGAGUGGGCUUGCUUCAAGACUCUCUCUCUUAACAUUCCUCGCUCCACCUGAGGAGAGAGAGAGAGAGGAAGAGGACGGGUUGCUGGUG